GAGUCUUGAUUUCACUCUUUACUGCACCAGCACUUAGUGGAAGCUGGCAUGCCCUGGACCAGACCACAGGUGGACCUUCAUGCCGGGGGAGCAGAGGCCAUGGACCACUACAGCGCAGACGACCACCACUACGAGGGCUCCCUGUUCCCCACCUCCACCCUCAUCCCCGUCACCGUCAUCUGCAUCCUCAUCUUCAUCGUCGGGGUGACGGGUAACACCAUGACCAUCCUCAUCAUCCAGCACUUCAAGGACAUGAAGACCACCACCAACCUCUACCUGUCCAGCAUGGCAGUGUCCGACCUCAUCAUCUUCCUCUGCCUGCCCUUUGACCUCUAUCGCCUGUGGAAGUAUGUGCCCUGGCUGUUUGGGGAGGCCGUGUGCCGCUUUUACCACUACAUCUUCGAGGGCUGCACCUCAGCCACCAUCCUCCACAUCACGGCCCUGAGCAUAGAGCGCUACCUGGCCAUCAGCUUCCCCCUCAGGAGCAAGGUGGUGGUGACCAGACGAAGGGUGCAGUACAUCAUUCUCGCCCUGUGGGGUUUCGCCCUGGUUUCUGCAGCUCCCACGCUCUUCCUGGUCGGGGUGGAGUAUGACAAUGAUACACACCCGGACUACAACACGGGGCAGUGCAAGCACACCAGCUACGCCAUCAGCUCCGGACAGCUGCACAUCAUGCUCUGGGUGUCCACCACCUACUUCUUCUGCCCGAUGCUCUGCCUCAUCUUCCUCUACGGCUCCAUCGGGUGCAAGUUGUGGAAAAGCAAAAAUGACCUGCAAGGCCCCUGCGCUCUGGCCCGGGAGAGGUCCCACAGGCAAACAGUCAAGAUACUGGUGGUGGUGGUCCUGGCCUUCAUCAUCUGCUGGCUCCCAUACCACAUCGGCAGGAACCUGUUCGCCCAGGUGGACGACUACGAAACGGCCAUGCUGAGCCAGAAGUUCAACAUGGCCUCCAUGGUGCUCUGCUACCUCAGCGCCUCCAUCAACCCGGUCGUCUACAACCUCAUGUCCCGGAAGUACAGGGCUGCAGCCAAGCGCCUCUUCCUGCUGCACCAGCGGCCCAGACAAGCCCACCGUGGCCAGAGACAGCUCUGUGUGACAGACCACAUCUCCACCCUGAAUGAGAGCCUGACCGGGGUCUGACGUGAUUUACAGGAUUGUUUGACUUCACCACUGAGGGAGAGUUUUGCAGGUUUCUUUACAGUUCAGGAACUGCAGCUGAAGAGGAAACUAGUUGAAGAUGUGUAGAGGAGAAAUGUUUGUUCUGGUUUAUCUUUGAGGGGGAAUUCAGGGAUGAGAGCGUCGCACUUCACUGCAAAGUCAGUUUAUUACAACUCAGUGGUAUUUUUCUUCACAGGGACUGGGUGGAAGUUUCUAAGCCAUCUCAAGAAAAUAUUCAUUCCAAGCAAAAAAAAAGUUGUCAUUUCGAUUUUCCUGUCUCAGUGUUAUGCAGAAGUAUUUUCCUCCAUGUUGUGUGUGUGCUGCUGCAUGUUUCUGUUGCUUGGUGUCAGCACUUGUUGAACACACGCAUUAUUUCAGUUUAUAAUUACCAUCAAUCCGCAGCACAGAUUAAUAAGUGAUCCCUCUUCGUUAAUGACGGACGACAUUUUGCCACAUUUGACUGUUCAUUUGUAAUGUUUAAUUGUAGUCUCCGCUACAGAUUGGAUUUGUUUAAUGUAUGGUGAACAGUUGUUAUCAUACUGCUCGUUGUUCUCAUAAAUCAAGAAAAACAAAAACAAGUAAACCUAUUAGCUCUGGGCCAUUAGUCGUGCUCAUUUGAAAUUGGGU